AACGCAAUAAGAAGUGUGAAGGACGGUUUUGUCUUCAUACACCUAAAGCAUAUGCUUUCAUUCUGAAACCACUUUGAAAUUUGUUCAGCAGAGUACUAUUCAUUUGUUUUGUUUUUUGCAUGUAUAUUGACAAAUUGUUUUCUUAGUUAUAAAGGUUUACAGUUUAUGGUUACAUUUUUAAUUUUUAUUUAAUUUUAAUUCAGAUUCUUUAACAGAUUCAUUCGGAAACGACUUGGACUUGGCCUGUUAUGGACUCGGACUCUACUCGGACUCGAUUGUUUAAAGACUCAGACUUGACUGACUCGACUAAGAUAUUAGGGUUGGUUACGUCCGUUCUGCCUGUAUCCAUGAGUGUGUUGUUGCUUGAGGCCUUCCAUGGUGGCUCUCAUAGGCAGCUGGUUGAUCUUCUCCAGGAAAGUAUUAAAGACUGCAUAAGCUUCACUCUACCUGCUAAGAAAUGGCACUGGAGGGCCAGAACUUCUGCCCUGUACUUCAUGCAAGCAGUUCCAGCCAGUUCCUCAUACAGAGUUUUGUUCACCAGCUCCGUUCUCAAUCUUGCUGAGCUUGUAGCCCUGCGGCCCGAUCUUGCCUGUCUUAAGAAGGUUCUCUACUUCCAUGAGAACCAGCUGGUUUACCCAGUACGCAAGAGUCAAGAGAGAGACUUCCAGUAUGGCUACAACCAGAUCCUCUCAUGCUUGGUUGCUAAUGUGGUGGUGUUCAACUCCUCGUUCAACAUGGAGUCCUUCCUCUCCUCCAUCUCCACAUUUAUGAAGACCAUGCCUGACCACCGACCCAAAGAUUUGGACCAGAUCAUCAGGCCCAAGUGUCGUGUCCUCCACUUCCCGAUUUGCUUUCCCGAUGUCACAAGAUUCCUGCCUGCACACAAGCAUCUUAGGCAUUCAGUGCAGUGGGAUAUCCAUGCUCCAGCUGCUCAAAGCCACGUUCACACAUCAGCUCCGAGCAGUCUUUCAGAGCUCACAUUGGACUCUAAGUCUGAGCCACCUGAAUCUGAGGAGAAAGUAAAUGUGGCAGGACUGCAGCAGUGCCUGGAGCCUGUGAGUGUCACACCAUGUCAAGAGUCGUCACAGAAUCUGCCAUUGUCCAGUUCGGUUGAAGAUGAGAAAGGGAAACUUCGGCCACUCCACAUUGUCUGGCCACAUCGCUGGGAACAUGACAAAGACCCACAGCUGUUCUUCCAGACCUUACUGAAACUCAAAGAACGACAGCUGAACUUUGAAGUUUCUGUCCUGGGAGAGACCUUCACUGAUGUUCCAAACAUCUUUGCAGAAGCCAAAGAACAGUUGGUUGACCACAUCCAGCACUGGGGUUUCAUGCCCAGUAAGGAAGAUUACCUCAAAGCACUGUGCCAAGCAGAUGUCGUCGUUUCCACGGCCAAGCACGAGUUUUUCGGAGUAGCGAUGUUAGAAGCCGUACAUUGUGGUUGCUACCCCCUGUGCCCAAAGGCUUUGGUCUAUCCUGAAAUAUUCCCUGCAACAUAUCUGUAUUCAACACCUGAACAGCUGUGUAAGAGAUUGCAAGGCUUCUGCAAGCAUCCACAAUUAGUCAGGCAACAUAUUAUUCAGGUGAACAUCAGCUCUUUCUCCUGGGACACACUGGGUGACGGUUUCAGGUCUCUUCUAAGUGCAGAAAGUGACAUGAUUUUAACAGAGGAGCACAGUUCAUGACAUGUCACGUGACCCCAAGAAAUACAUUAUUAUUUAAAAUCCAGCAAGUGCAAACCCCCGAAAUGUGGCAGUGCAACCUUUUUUAAUGACUACCGUCAGUAUAAAUAUUUCUGUCUAUCUGCUAUUGUCAAAGAAAAACAUCUAUAUGGUGACUUGAAUGCCGUCAUAUGGAGGAAAAAAAGUAAUUUUACAUUGUGGUUAAUGGGGAAAAAGAACAAAGUAAAAAUAUAUAAUCAAAAAACCUGCGACCGCUUUUAUGUCGUGCAUAGGCGGCCCCACCUCAUAUUUCGGUUCAUAUCCAUUUUUAUCCUUUGUGCUGGAGGAGCCCAGCCUGGAACUUUGGAGUCUUUGGUUCCCACUCCGACAGAGUGGCAGCCAAGUUGUGGUUUGGAACAUUGUGGGCUCUCGCUCUACCUGAGGUUGCCAGGUUGUGACAGAGUCCCCCGAGGCUCAGUAAAGGUUUAUGCAAGGCUUCCCCAGGACUGCGGUUGAAUCUAAAUACGGUGCUUUUAUUUUCCUUGCAUCAGAGAUCUGGCUGUACGUUACGGCUGGGAACCCGCUGCAUAAUUAAGGGGGCCUGGUAACUAGCUAUUUAUGUGUUUGCAAAAUUCAGAAACUGGGCAAACUAACAAUGGCCUGUCAGAUUUUCCAGAAAGAUGUAAGUGUCUGCUUUCACAUCACAGCAAUGCCACAAUCACUCGGCCCAUUUUAGGCCUGCCAACAUAUGUGUUAAUAAAAGAGGCCCGACUUUUAUUGCAGAAGUUAUUGAAGGAUUCCUCCUCUAUUAUCAGGCGUUCUCUGCACUUAGCAAAGGACAUUAUUAUUUUUAGAUGUAUCGAGUAUUCAGGUGCACUGGACGUAAGAUUAGAAUUAUAGGCUUAAAUAUAAUUAUAUCACCGCCUCUUGCAUGCAACCAAAAUUAGUCACAUUACUCUUUAUUAAGUAGGAGUGCUUCCUUUACAGCUCAUAGAUAAAUAAUCCUAAUAUCCUACAUCCUUACUGUUUGUGACACAUUUAAUAUUUUAUGGGAUAAAUGAGAUACUUCCGUGUGCCUUGUGUGUGGUUUUAGUGUGACAAGUUCCAAAAUUACCUUUCCAUAUUAUUAGUUGGCAGGAGCCCAAAGCCAGAAGUCCAUAAAAAAGUUAAACUUUUAUUUCUUAUACAAAAACAUAUAAAAAUGCACUCAUUAUUGUAGCCUAUUCUUCCAAACAUUGACUCUGCAUUGCUCCAAAACCUUUUGUUUGGGUCUUGCACGCCUUAAAACAUUGCACAGACUAGCCAAUAGUCUGUUUCACUUUCUGCUGCCUUAAUUAUUUCAGAAUGGUUCAAAAAGUUUAAAACUGUCUAAACUUGUAUAUGCUGGUUUGUUCAAAUAGGCAGGUGUGGCUAAUGGAGAAAAAACACACAUUCUUGUUGUUGUUGUUGUUUUUUUGUUUUUUUUUUUACUUUAGAAUUACAGGAUUAAGUACAAUAAUAAAUCAGUAAUAAAUAUACUGUAAAUAUUGCAUAGUUUAACAAAACACAAAAAUAAUGCAUGUAAUUGCCUGUUGUUACAAGUUACUAAUUAUAUAAUGAAAUCAAGAAUAUCAGUGAUCAUAUUGAUUAAACUGGCUCUUACAAGUAUGAUAUUUUGAUAAUGGAGUUGUCAAUGUAAACUCUUCUUGAAAAACUUUGAAUUCUCUCUCUUUUUUUUUUUUUUUUUUUUUGGCUGAAAGUGAACACCUUGACUUAUGUAAUUUAUGAGGAGCAGACGAAUGUGAUUGACCUAUUUGCACCUUAACAGAGUCAUUGAAAAAACUCUACUGCAGUGUCAAAUGAGUUUGCCAUCUACUCUUGGCUGACCUGAGGUCAGGACCUAAAGACGCCAUAAAGCCUAUAACCUGCCCUCUCUGUAGUCACAAAAUGUCACCCCACAUAUAAAAACUUAAUAGCAACCUCUAUAAAACUCUGUGCACAUUAAACCAUUUAAUUGGCCUGUUGCUGUUUUCUCACUGAUGGUGUUCUAGGGAUAUGAAGCAAAUGUAAUGCCGGCCAAAUUCUACAGCAAAACAAAUGUCAUGGUAUUAAGACUUGUGCAGUCUUCUUAUUUUCCCCCGACAGUUCAUAAGUCGAGUUCAUCCAGAAUGAUGUGAAAGCACAAUCUAAGAAGUGUCAGAGAAGCACAGAGCUGGCAAGCCACCAUUUAUUUGAUAUGACUACACUUAUUAAUCUCUAUUAAUCUUGAAAGGGGAAUCACUAAAGUGGAUUUGAUAUGAUAAAAUUAUAGGUAUAAAUGCUAGUCUUUUUAUUUAUUUAUUUAUUUUAAUUUUUUCAAAAUCUGAGCUUUGAGGUUAGAUAAUGUAUGAUGUUAGACCUUUGAAUGUUAAGAAAUAAUGUAAUCUCCAAGAUAAGAUACUGUAAAUGGAACACCAGGGUGUAAACUGUCUGUAUUUCUACACUUAUCAGCCACAGCAUUAAAACCACUUGCCUAAUAAUGUGUAGGCAUGAGGGGGACCUACACAAUAUUAGGCAGGUGGUUUUAAUGUUUUGGCUGAUCGGUGUAUAUACAGUAGCUGUAUUUCUAAGAUGUUUGCUCUAAGCGGAACAUAAUUCAGAGCAGUAACAACAAAUGAAAUGGCACAAAAUCAUCACAGCCUUCUCUGAAACCAGCAAAAAGAUUUAGGAAAUGGAAAAUGGAAAUGGCACUUUAAUGAGAGCAUUCAAGUUCUGACUAGAGCAAACUUUAGUGGUCACAGU